UGGACAUUAAUCCCAGUGUAGACUUCCUCUUUGAUUGUGGCCUGGUAGGGCCUGAGGAUGUGUCUACUGAACAAGACCUUCCCCGAACCAUGAGGAAGGGUCAAAAGCGGCUGGUGCUUUCCGAAAGCUGCUCCCGGGACUCCAUGAGCAGUCAGCCUAGUUGUACCGGGCUCAACUAUUCAUAUGGUGUCAAUGCUUGGAAGUGCUGGGUGCAGUCAAAAUAUGCCAAUGGAGAAACCAGCAAGGGUGAUGAGCUGCGCUUUGGCCCCAAACCCAUGCGUAUCAAAGAGGAUAUUCUCGCCUGCUCAGCUGCUGAGCUCAACUACGGUCUGGCCCAGUUUGUGAGAGAAAUCACUCGGCCCAAUGGUGAACGAUACGAACCUGACAGUAUCUACUAUUUGUGUCUUGGCAUCCAGCAGUACUUGCUGGAAAAUAACCGGAUGGUGAACAUUUUCACGGACCUUUACUACCUGACUUUCGUUCAAGAACUCAAUAAGUCUCUGAGUACCUGGCAGCCCACACUCCUCCCCAACAGUAAGGGACAGGGACGUAGCAACCCCUACACCCUUUUUCCAUUCUUCCAAUCCACCAUCCCAAGAGUCCUGUGCUAUUUGGUCUGCCACUCUUCACAAAGGGCCCGAGGGCAGGAGCGUGUAGCUGGAUGCCUCAGGGUUUAGAGUUAAAGGAGCAUAGGAGCGCCUGUUCUUGAACAUGAAGAGGGGAUCAAGACUUAGGUCUGAAGAGCUAUCUCUAGGACCAUUUGAAAAGGAUGGCCUGGUUUUGGGUGGUAAGUAAAGAAAGAAAGCAAGAAAUCGU